CAAUUUUAUAACCAAAACAGUUUCUGUAACUUAAUAUCGAAUUUGUAGACGGUGAUGAUAUUCGUUGUGUAUACUCAUUGAAAUUGUGAUCAAUUUACACGGUUCCAAUAUGGGUUAAUUUUCAUUGAAAAUGAAAACAAGUAUUUGUCAAAAUGGCCACAGGAUUUAGUGCAUCAGUGUUAAAUGCUGGGGAUUUUGAAUACGACUUUCCUUGCACAGAGUGUCAGGAGCACGGACUGAACUCGGAGGCUGUCUACUUCUGUCAACAAUGUGACAGCCAAUUCUGUGGCCUGUGUGUUAAGCAACAUGACCGCUUUUACCAGAAACACCCAAUCAUUGGAACAGAAAAGAAUGAAACGUGGGGAAAAGUGAAAAGCACGUGCAAAAUGCACCCUGGCGAAGAAAUGACGGUCUUCUGUAGCGACCAUCGGCAAACCUGUUGCGUCACAUGUCAGAAGGAGUUACACGGGCAGUGCCAGCUGUUACAGCACACAUCACUCAAACUUCCACCUCGACCAAGUUCUGUAAAAAUUGGAGAGACAAAUGUAAAUGCACAGUGUGACCUAUUUCCAUUAAAACAGAAACAUGAUGAAUCCCAAAUGGUAACAGGCAUAAACCACAAUAUGCCAUAUGAAUUGUUAGAAAGAAAACGUUUUAAAAUAAAAUUGAAAAAGGAUAAGUAUCCAUGUAGUAUAUAUGGUAUAACAGUGUUGCCAGGAGGUGAGAUCAUUAUAACUGACUGUAACAACAGUAAGAUCAAGCUGGUGACAGCUGACUACGCAAUUGUGGAACAUGUAUCUGUGCAUCAGAAGCCAUGGGAAAUAUGUGCUGUGUCUGACAACCAGGUGGCUGUCAGCACUGAGAGAAAGGCGAUACUGUUCUUCAAUGUGAAUAACAGCAAACUCAAAAUGGAUAGAAAGUUGAAACUGUUCCAUGACUGCGACCAUGUGUCAUACUUGGCAGACCAACUGUAUGUAGCAUCUAAUCGUACCGUUUACCAGUACACACUGACUGGGCAGAGGGUAAGGAAAAUGGAUGGAUGGGAUAUGUGGGGGUUUGCCCUGAACCCAGAUGGGAACAGACUCUAUAUCACUGACUUUGACAAUAACCGACUGUUGACAACGGACAUGCAUGGUCGGGGGCUGGCUAUACUUGCGGAUGAGGACAUAAAGGGCCCCACAGAUGGACGUCGUCUGCAGAUAUGUGUCAUACAUGGCAGGCCAACUCUAUGUAUCAUCUAAAAAAACUGUAUACCAGGGCUGGGCAGAGGGUCAGAAAGAGCUACACAAUUUCUGAUGUGUGUGGUUUUGCAAUGAGCCCAGAUGGGGAGAGACUCUACGUAAUUGACGUUAAUAACCACAAACUGGUGACAGUGGACAUGCAGGGUAGAGUGCUGGCCAUAUUGAACGAUGAGGACCUGAGGUUCCCAGAAGGUGUGUGUGUGUCCCAUAGAGGACGUGUGAAUAUGUGUGGAUGGAAGUCUGACACCAUCCUACAGGUGGACAGUGCGGGCAAACACAAGUUGGUCAUAUUUUCUAACAAGGACGAUGGAGUUUCCAGUCCUCUAUCAGUGUACUUUGACAGCAGAACAUCAUCUCUGCUUGUCUGACAAGACUAUACUAUUAGUGUUAAAAUUGAAAUAAAAAGUAUAUUUUUGAAUCAAUCAUGCCUAUCACAAUGUAAUAAUUACAGAACAAAUGUUAAGCAAAAGCUGCUUGCAUGUUAAGGAAAAUGGCCUCAAGUAUUGAAUAAUCAAUGAACUGUUAAACCACAUAAAAGUGUUUCAUCAGCUUGGUACAAUGGUACAACUAUCGUGCAAGACUUGUGAACAAUUUCAAGAACUCGGAUAGUGGGUGAAGUAGUUACCGGCAUAAGUAAUUAUAUAGCUGAUUGCAAUUAUUUUGAGAAACAAUUCUUAAAAACUCAAAUAGUUUAUUUAUAUAAUAUAAUAGGAUAGUGUAUUCUCAGACUGAGUGAUUAUUAUAACUGAAUGUGUGUGUUUAAUGAUAAGGUUCACAAAAGGUGAGGAAAGAAGAGGUUCGAAAGCCCCACUACGAGCUAUACAGAAUCCUGGUCGAGAACGAGUGUGGAGGAUGUUUGUAUAUAUUUAGAACUACAAGCGAUACAGAAUUCUUGUGGAUAACGAGAGUGGAGGAUGUAUGUAUAUAUUUAGAACUACAAGCGAUACAAAAUUCUUGUGGAUAACGAGAGUGGAGGAUGUAUGUAUAACCUAUUGUCAGUGAUUGAAGGGUAAUAAGGAUUGUCCUUGAGAUAGACAAAGUAUGAGAGAUGAUUAUUAUGGAGAUUGAAUCAUCCGUAUAUGAGUAUAUAGCUGUUUUGAAUUGAAGGGCCCUUCAAGGCAAACGUCAAGCACUACAGUAUUCUUUGGAUGAACGAAUGUUCGUAUUCAUGUAAAUAGCUCCAAGGAAAAUGUCAGAUGUGUCAUCCGGGGAUGCGGGAAUGGCGAUAGUCUUCUACUUAAGGGAAAAGCCAUGGCCGAAUUUUUUGGUUGGGAUAUUGUUCCUGUGCAUAGCUAUCUAACAUUUUGUUGGAAUACGAGUGUGCGUAUUCAUGUAGAUUGGUCCAUGGUGUAGCUGGGACGGUCUGUGGCUUCACCCGGGGAUGAGGAAGUUAUGAUAGCAAUCUGCAUAAGGGGGAUACCAUGGCUGAAAUUUUAUUUGGGAAAUAUUUUGUCUGCAGAUUUUCAAUCUUAGAAAUGUAAUAUUCCAAAAGAUGCAGGCAAUGUCAUGUAUUAGUAAGGACGAAACCAUUUUCUG